GCCGUUCGACCCGUGCGUGAUGGCCUCCGACGCUUCCGGGGCCACCGAGUUCGACUUCGGGGGUUUCGGCGUCUGCGAGCGGGCUUGGGACUCCGAGGCAGUUCGAGCCGUGGCCAGCCGUGCGGAGAAGUGGAGGUACUGCGUCGAGGAUGCCAUCUGCGCCCGAGAGCAGAGUCUCGGGCUGGCCCCUCAAGCCCCCUCCAAGCCUCGAGUUUCCCACGUGAGAGCCCGCCGUGGGGUCACCGACUUCUUCCGCGUCGAUGGGGAGCAGAUCGGGGAUUUCGACACCUGGUCCACCGUUUUGUUCGGCCGGUUCGCCUCGUCGGAGAAUAUCAUGCGGGCGGAAGGGCGCGACCCACGCGGGCCAGUGUUCCGCGAUGCUCCGGCGUCCUGGGGCAGGCCUGGGGACACGGGCGGCGCGAGGCCUUCGGCCGGCACUGCCUUCGAUCGUGAGCUCGAGCGGACCAUCGUGCAGCGAGCCCGCGGGCAUCUUGCAGCUCCGCUCGGGCUUUGUGGGCUCGGCGACGGGCUCGAUCCCGAGGCCCGCCCCGCUGGGCUGGCGCGGUGCGACGUCGAGCCCGCCAGCGACUGCGGUGACCGCGCUUCCAUGGCGGCCGUGGAGGGUCUGACGUUCUUACAGACUUCUCGAGCGGGGCACGGGACACAGCUGCAGUACCAGCGAGCUUACACCGAUUUCCUGGACUGGAGCCGGGGGGGGAAGCUGAGGCUCAGCACCGUGGUCGACUUAGACCGGGCCGCCCUCGCCAGCUAUCUGGAUCACCUGUUCUUCGACGGUUGGAACCGGGACCGGGGCGAGAAGACCUUGGCUGCUGUCCUUUUCUUUCAUCCGAGUCAGGGCUUGAAGCGGCCGGGGGCCCUGGGGGGCAGCCGGGCCGCACUCAAGGGUUUCAAGAAGAUGGCUCCUGGCAAGACCCGCAGACCGCUUCCCAAGCAGGGGGUCUUCGCGAUCAUCGGGGCCGGCGUGUUCUGCGGCUUGCUCGACUUUUGCCUCGGCCUCCUCGUCGCCUGGGACGCGUACCUCAGGUUGCCCAGCGACCUGAUUGGCAUGGUGGGCGGAUCCCUGGUGGCGCCAGCUCGUCAGAGCCGGAUCAACAGGUGGGCCAUUCUGCUGUUCCCCGAGGAGCUGCCCGAUCGGAGCAAGACGGGCCACUUCGACGAGGGGAUGGUGCUAGAGUCAGACGCCGUGCAGAGCGCGAGCUUCGCCCUGAGUGCCCUGAAGGCGCGGAGCCAGAAGGACAAGCCCCUGUGGCCUUUCUCCGGCCCAAGGUUCCGCCGGGACUUCGCCGCGUGCGCCAGCCUGGCGGGGCUCGACGACGUGCGCCCGUACCAGGUCCGCCACGGGGCCGCCUCCCACGACGUGCUGUUCAAAGUGAGGGAUUUCGGGGCGGUCCAGGAGCGGCUCAGGCACCUGAGCGAGUCCAGCACACGGCGGUGCCGCAAGGGGACCCGCUACCUGGCCGAGUGCGAGAAGCUGUCUCCCGAGAUCAACGCGUUCGGCGAGUGGGUCGAGGUCAACCUCGCCGGCCUCUUCUCCGGGCGGCUGCGCUGCCAA